AAGAAGACGAUGAUGGCGGACAUGAGUAGAAACGUGGAGGAAGUUCGUAAUCGAAUUAUUUUAGAAGAGUUUUGCGUGAGAAAUGUCCAUACAACUGAUUUCCCUGGAAACUACCCCGGCUAUGACGACACUUGGGAUAUGCAGACAUUCCAAAAGAGCUUCAGAAUUGAUGUUGCACAGCUGACUGAGAACUUGAUGGAGUUUGACAUGGUGGGAAUCGAUGCAGCUAUUGCCAAUGCCUUCAGAAGGAUCCUACUUGCAGAGGUCCCCACCAUGGCUAUUGAAAAGGUUUUUAUUUAUAACAACACAUCUAUCGUCCAAGAUGAAGUGCUGGCACAGAGAUUAGGGCUCAUCCCCAUCAAAGCUGACCCCUUUCUGUUUGAGUACAGAAGUACUGAUGAGUCUGCGGAGGAGGAAGUUUCAGAAAUAGACACAAUUCAACUAUGCCUUAAGAUUAAAUGUAACAGGAAUGCUCGAGCCAGCAAAGAUUCCUCUGAUCCACAGGAACUCUAUUUAAACAACAAAGUCUUUUCCAGAGAUAUAAAGUGGGUCCCGAUUGGUAACCAGGCAGAUGUGUUUGCCGACUCCAGUAUUACACCAGUACAUGAUGACAUCUUGAUAGCGCUGCUCCGUCCAGGACAGGAACUUGACAUUAUCAUGCAUUGUGUCAAAGGAAUUGGGAAGGAUCAUGCGAAGUUCUCUCCUGUGGCCACAGCAAGUUACCGCCUCCUGCCAGAGAUCACCCUCCUUGAUGCAGUGAAGGGCGAGAAGGCAGAGCGCCUCAAGCGCUGCUUUUCACAAGGAGUGAUAGAACUGGAAGAUGUUAACGGAAGCAAGGUUGCGAAAGUCGCGAACAGUCGCUUGGAUACGUGCAGCAGAGAAAUACUGCGUCAUGACGACUUAAAGAAUGCGGUGAAACUUGGCCGAGUGCGAGACCAUUUCAUCUUUUCUGUGGAGUCUACAGGAAUCCUGCCCCCGAAUGUCCUGGUCACAGAAGCCAUCAAAGUCCUCAUGGCCAAGUGUCAGAGAUUCCUUCAUGAGCUGGACUCUCCUGACAUCAAGUGAAAUAAUGAAAUCCAUUACAACGAUGCAGGGAUGCCUUUCAAAGCUUGCUUUUGCAAAUUAGCAUUUUUCUUUUUUGUGGCAUUUUGUUUUCGUUUGACUUCGCACACAAAUGUCGCCGUGUAUUUUAAGAUGACCUAUGUUCAGUGUGAAGCAUAAUUCAAUUCAGUCAAGUCUUAACCUCAGUUUGCGUUACGAUGGACAAAAAAAACCAAAAACUGUCACGUCAAGUGAUGCUACCAUAUUCCAAUAGCAGUUUUUAAUGGUAUGGUUUCCAGUCUUCUUUUUGUCCCUCACUUUUGUAUUGCCGUCUCAAAUAAAUGCAUCAACUCACAUGAAGUUUGUUUGAC